AUGCACAUCUUGGUCACUAACGACGACGGUCCACCGUCGAACCAGUCGUCACCGUACGUGCAUUCGCUCGUGCACUCACUCCAGGCCGCGGGGCACACUGUCUCGGUCGUUCUUCCUCACCAACAGCGAUCAUGGAUUGGUAAGGCACAUAUCGUGGGCGCAUCGGUGAAACCGACAUACUUCCGCCCAGGUACUUUACAUCAAGAGGAUGGUACAGUUCACCACCUCCCGCGGGGGAGCAAUGGUGAACCUGAUGACGGCGGCGAUGAAUGGAUCUUGAUUGAUUCGACGCCCGCAAGUUGCGUUCAAGUUGGUCUGUACCAUUACUUUGAAGACCGCGGGCCGAUCGAUAUGGUUGUAUCUGGGCCCAACUAUGGCCGCAACACCACCGCACUGUUUGCCAUGUCGAGUGGAACCAUCGGUGCCGCGAUGGAAGGUGCCGUGUGUGGAAAGCGCUCCGUCGCGUUGUCAUAUGCAUUCAGUUCUCGCAACCAUGACCCAAUUAUCAUUGCUGAGGCAUCGAAACAUUCUGUGAAGCUGAUCGAGUAUCUUUAUGCCAAUUGGGGCGAUAAGGUUGAUUUGUACAGCGUCAAUGUUCCGUUAGAGCCUGGUGUCAGCCAGAAUAAGGUCUUAUACACAAAGAUGCUACAGAAUAAGUGGUCUACGGGUAGUUGCUUCGAAGCCACCGACCCUGGUGCCUCCGAAGACCCUGAGCUGCAGGAACAACGGUUACGCAUUGAAAGCGAGAUGAUGGCUGGCAAGGGAGCCGUUUCGACCCAGAAGGAUGAGAGCACGUCUAAGCUAAAGCACAAGCAUUUCAAGUGGGCCCCUAACCUUGGAGAUGUUUACCGGAGUGUUGAGGAGAAUGCCCCUGGAAAUGAUGGAUGGACUGUUAAGGAGCAGAUGACCAGUGUUACGCCUCUUCAAGCGAGUUUCAUGCAUGCACCCAACAUCGAGGGCGAGAUCAAGCUAUCGGAUGACCAGCCAACAGUGUAUUCCAUCGUCGAUUGUGAUGACCCCUAUGUGCAGGCUCUAGUCGACCAAGCCUUGACCCGCCGACUUGGAAGCAAGGCUCGCUCUCAACGAAUUUCCGAUAUCUCCGACCUGCCCGAUUCUUCUGCGCCUGUGUUCCAGUACCGCGAGUAUGAACGCCUGGACUUCGAACAUAUCAUGUGCCGACCAUCGACCUCCCUUUCCAACGCAUACAUCAUUCGAAAGGCCCUGAUCCGCAAGCAUUACCUAUCCAACACGGUAGCAAAUUGGAUCUCCAAAAACCCGGACAGUAUUUUGCGAAACCAUUUUAAACCUGCAUUCGACUUUGAACUGGACUAUGCUGAGUUCCUCGACGAGGCUUUAUUGGAGGCUUACGAGCUACGUGAAAGCAUGGAGAAGAACGAAGAGCGGCCCGAGUCCGAAAAGGAGUGGUGGAUUCUCAAGCCUGGCAUGAGUGACCGAGGACAAGGUAUUCGGCUCUUCAAUAGCGAGGAUCAACUACGCGAAAUCUUUGAGGAGUGGGAAGAAGACUCCGAUGACGAGGAGAGUGGAUCUGAGAGAGAUGAAGCAUCGGUAGAUACAACCGAGGCGCACGAUGCCGGUAUUGUCACUUCCCAGCUGCGUCAUUUCAUGGCACAGCCCUACAUUGACCCCCCGCUUCUUCUCCCUUCGUCCUCCAAUCGCAAAUUCCACAUCCGAACCUACGUUCUCGCAACAGGUUCGCUGCAAGUCUAUGUUUUCAAAGAAAUGCUUGCUCUCUUCGCCGCGAAGUCUUAUUGUGCUCCUCAUGAGGAGGACGAUGAGGUCAAAGAUCUAGCUCGACACUUGACAAACACAUGCUUCCAAGAGGGUGGUAGCUCAAAUGAGGGUAGUGUGCGCCGCUUCUGGGACCUGGACCACCAUGUCCCAGGCCUGUCCGCCGACUGGAAGGAGAAGAUCUUCGAGCAAAUUUGCGCAGUCACAGGCGAGGUCUUUGAAGCUGCAGCUCGAGGAAUGAUGGUGCAUUUCCAGACUUUGCCGAACGCCUUUGAGCUGUUUGGCGUUGACUUCCUUGUCGAUGCCUCCGGAGAUGUCUGGUUGCUGGAGUUGAAUGCCUUCCCGGAUUUUGCCCAGACUGGAGAGAACCUCAAGGAAAUGGUUGUUGGGAAAUUAUUCGAGGAGACCAUUGAUGUUGCUGUCAAGCCCUUCUUUGGACUCGGAUCGAACGAUAGUAAGGGUGAUAUGAAGCUUGUCAAAGACUUGGACUUGGGAAGAAAGAACUAA